GAGGCGUGACGCCAUUGCAACCCCAUGGAUAUCAGACCAAAUCAUACACUGUAUGUAAACAACUUAAACGAUAAAGCGAAGAAGCUUGACUUGCGAAGAGCGCUCUAUUAUCUAUUUGGUCAACAUGGUCGAAUAUUGGAUAUCAUUGCUAUGAAAACGAUGAAAAUGCGGGGACAGGCUUUUAUCAUAUUUCAGGAUAUACAAUCGGCGACGACCGCUUUUCGUUCCUUACAAGGAUUCAAUCUCUUUCAAAAGCCCAUGCGCAUUUCAUACGCUAAGCGCGACUCCACCCAGAUCGUUCAGCUUAAGGGAGUGAGCGCGGAAGUCCAGAAACGCCGUGAUGAAGAACGGGAGAAGCGUAAGCGACGAAAGCUCGCUCAGCGGCAAUCCGCAGCGGCCGCAGCUGCUCAGGCUGCAAAUCAAUCCGUCAAUGGCCCGGCCGGCACCGGUGGCGAUCUGACCAGCCUCCUGAAUCAGCCGAACCACGUUUUAUUCGUAAGUAAUCUGCCCGAAGAGACGACAGACGCUAUGCUGACCAUGCUUUUCAGCCAGUUCUCCGGUUUCAAAGAAGCCAGGCGUGCUGCAGGUGGAAUGGGCUUCGUUGAAUACGAAACAGAUUCACAGGCCGCGGCCGCUAAAUCGGCUUAUGAAGGCUUCAAGCUGACUCCAACUCACGCUAUGGAAAUUUCGUUUGCUAAGCGAUGAUGGGUAUUAUUUGUCGACUGCCCAUCCUGUACAAAUACAGUCUACUUCAGCA